AUGAAUUUUGAUUUUCUUUUAACUUUCAAAAAUUUAAUAAUCACUAGCACUUCCGAUUUUAAUUUUAUUAAAUCUAAUCAUAAUAUAAAAACUACAAAUUUUUUAAAUUAUUUUGUUUGUUCAGAACAAUCAAGUUUUGACAAGUUAUUUGUAUCAAUCAUAAGAGAACAACUCUUACCUUUCACUUCAAUACCAUUAAUAUUACAACCAAAUUCUAUUAAUAUAUUUCAAAAUAAGUCAUCAUCAUGUGAUAAUGUUCAUGAACUAUCAUUUAAAAUAAAUAAGUUAUAUGGAUUUCAAUUCUUUUCAUUUGAACAUCCAGUUAAGAUUAGAUCAAUAACAAAUAAUAAUAAUAAUAAUGAUGAUGAUGAUGAAACAGUAGUAGUAGUGGAUAGUUGUUUAGAUUUAAUCGAACUUCUAAGAGAGAAUGCUUCAUAUUCAGAUAUUGACAAAUUUAAAGAAGAGAUUAAUAGUCUAAACUAUCUAUCAGAGUAUGCUGAUUUCAAAUCUAAACAAGAUAAUGAAUCAUAUUUUGAUAAAUUCUUAUUUUAUGAUCAAUUACAUGUAUUAGUUCAAUACUCCUAUGAAUUGAAGAAACAACUUCCUAUUCGUUUCAUUGGUCUCCACAAGUCUGUCGGUCGAUAUAGUAUGAUCGAUAUGAAUGAUAACCCAACUGACUACUUCUUUAGAUUAUUUCCAUCGUUUGUUAAGGAAUCUAUUCAAUCAUAUUGCACAGAUAACCAGUUGAAUAUAGAAGACUAUCUGAUAUGCCCAAUGUAUCCAUUCCAAGACACCAAUACUCUACCGAGUCAGUUUCAAGAGGAAUUAGAUAAUCUAACAUUAGUCAUCUUCCCAGAGUCUAUACAGUUGCCAUCAUACCCAACUGCGCCAGUAAGAAACUUGAUACCGCUACUCCCAGGAAAUCAUAGUAACAACUACACUGUACCACAUAUCAAAUUCUCGAUUCCAAUUCAAUUGACAAACUUUGUUCGGUUAUUGCCAAAUGAUUAUAUACCAAUAUGUACAUCCAUCUCGAAAGUACUAACCAAGAUAUCAUCAUUGGAGGGAUCGCCAUUCAAUGAGAGAGUUAUCUUUCUUCAAGAGCUUGGUGGCAUCUAUCAUUCAAAUGAAGAACUUAGAUAUCAAAACUUUGGUACCAUUUAG